AUGGAUCCCGUUACUGUUCUUGGUGUCGCGGCAUCGGCCCUGCAGAUUGCUCAAUUCAUUGGGUCGACGAUUCAAGGCCUUCACACUCUGCGGGGAAAGUUUAAAGACGCAGAUAUAACAAUUCGCCUCAUAAUCAGCAAACUUUCCACAAUAAAAGCUGCUGUUUUCCAAAUUAGAGAUUGGGCGGAAUUCAAUUCGCAUGAUUCCCCAAUGGAAAGGCAGUUCAUGGAUGGACUUCAUGUCGCACUCGAUGGAUGCCAGGCUGCAAUUGAUGUACUUUCCGAAGAAGUCAAAGAUCUCACAGUGGCUACGAGGGACUCAAACGAUGGAAUGCCAAUUGUACUUGGAGUCAGAGGAAAAGUGGCAGCAGUAUGGAGCGAGGAUACCAUGAAGGCUCACGAAGAUAGAUUACAUGGCCAAGUGCAGGCAUUACAACUUCUUCUCAUGGCAGGACAAUGUCGUGAUGCAGUAACUCAAAAGUCUCUAUUAGCACUCAAAGAGAACCGAAGAUUGAUACAAAAAGUUGCCGACGAUACAAGAUCACUACGUGAGAGUUCAGCCGGAUCACAAAUUUCGAGAAGCGCACGUCAAUCUAUAUUGGGGAGUAGUAUUGGCGGAACGGUUUUUGAAUUUGAUCCCACACUACAAGAUUCUCGACCAUACAACAACACAGAUUCAGUGAAGGGAACUCGAGCUCUCGCACACAAAAUAAAUCAGCUUCCAGAAGAAACAAACAAUACUGCGGCGACUGACGAAGGCUAUGAAGCAGGAAUAAUGCUGUCUGAACCACGAUCCCCAGUAUCUUCAAGCCAUCGCCCCAGUUUGGACAAUCGUCCCUACCUUGGUCAAACAAAUCUUUUACCGGAAUUCAAUAAUUUCAACAUAUAUCGUAGUCGCAGCGUUGCGUCCGAUUCUGCCAAGUCAGAGCCUAUGGUCAAACGAUGGUUAUCCUCAUCUUCUUCUUCCGGAGAAUCAUUACCGCAAGAAGAUAAAUCAGAUGGUUCUCGAAGGAAGAGGUUCUGGCCUACUCGGCUUGGAAAGAUCAACACUUUCAGUGCUGCUAGUUUAUUAUCAAGCCCCGAUCGAGUGAAGUCCACCAGCCCGAGUUUCCCUACUGUCAAUCGAUUGAAACGAGGACAAGACAUAAACUUCAAACAAAGCAUUGAUUUUAGCUCACAAAAUGGACUCCAAACGCCCACGAUUGUCCGAGCAGCCCAGGCAGGAUCUGGUGUAGAAAUCCAGGCCUUGUUGUCAAAUGGAGAUAAUAUAGAAGCCUAUCAUGGUGGUACCAGAAGAACUGCUCUAGCAGUCGCUUCCCAUUGCGGUAACACUCAAUCAGUUGAUCUUCUUCUUCAAUUCAAUGCAGAUUUGACUACUCGAGAUGUCAAUCUAGACUCUCCAUUACAUCUAGCAGCAUCUCGGGAUCACUAUUCUACUUUACAACUCCUUCUCAAUGAAAACAUUGACAUAGAAUCAAGGAAUAAAGACGGAUGGUCUCCUUUAUGGACAGCUGCAUAUAAUGGGCACGUCAAAUCUGUCGAGCUAUUGGCAAAAAGAGGUGCAAAAAUCAACUCAAGAUCCAAUGAUCAAUGCACGGCUCUGCAUACAGCAGCGAAGAAGGGAGACAAGCAGAUGAUUGAAAUUCUACUUCGUAAUGGCGCUGACAUGGAAGCCAGAGAAAAUCAAUUCAUGACUGCAUUACAUUAUGCUUGUGAGAAUGGUCACCAAAAUGUGGUUGACUACCUAUUCCAGAAAGGCGCGAACAUUGAAGUCCCGGGCAACAAUUCCAAAACCCCACUUCUUUGCGCAUCCGCAACAGGUCAAUUACAAAUAGUAGAAUAUCUCUCGAAGAGAAAGGUUAAUCCGAAGAGCACCGAUGGAAAGAGGGCUAAUGCUCUACACUAUGCUGCUCGCAACGGCCAUGUUGAAGUAGUGAAUUACCUGCUUGAAUGGAAACUGUCAAUAUAUGAAAGUGAUAUUGAUGGCUUGACACCGCUUCAUCUUGCUGUUAUCGGCCAACAUUUUGGCGUUGUUGAGUUGCUACUUCGAAGAAAAGCAAACUUAGACCGUCGGUGCAGAGAAGGCCGAACGCCUCUUCAUUAUGCCUGCGGGUCCGAUAGCCCCGAUAUUGUGAGUCUGCUACUCAGUGCUGGGGCAAAUGCUGAGGAAGAGACUAAGGGCGAGAGUCGACGGCCAAUUCAUAUUGCGGCUGCGAAGGGAUCAGUGCGUAUCGUGGAAAUUCUGCAUGGUAAGGGAAUUGCGAUUGAUCAGCGGGACUUUGGUGGUGAUCGACCACUCUGCAUUGCUUGUCGUCAAGGGCAUGUCCAAAUUGUGGAGAAGUUAUUAUCGUACAAUGAGCCUCUCAGAAUGCGUUUCAGAGAUCGACCAAAUAAAGACUCGCCUUUGUGUAUUGCUGCUAGAGCUGGUCAUCUCGACCUUGUUAAACUACUGAUGAAGAAGGGCGCAUCUGUUAAGGAACGUGACGAAUUUGGUUACAUACCUUUAAGAUAUGCUGCUUACUAUGGGCACCCGGAAAUUUUAGAGAUACUCAUGGAAGCAGGAGCAGAACUUUAUGAUGAAGGCGAAGACUCACAUGGCUGGGGAUUCUUAUUGAUGCCUGCAACAAUUGGGUUUUCUGACACCACUGAUAUAUCAGAAGAACGCAAACACCGCGUUCGCAAGCUGCUUGAUGAGAUGGAGAGACGUUAUCAUGAGCGUGAGGACAGUAAAGACAAUGAAUACAGAUCAAGUACUGCAGCAGAACUCGGCCGUGGGCAGAAGGGUACCGUAUACAGAAGCGAUUCAUCGAUUCCGCGGCAGGAGCUUGGAGGAUCUAUAUUCAGGGGCCUCAGACCCAUUGAGCUAAGUGGAACUGAUAUUCUACUUCAAAACACCUUAGAGUUUUCGCCAGGCCUACUUCUCUCUCCACGCCAAGAUGAUGGAGGCGCUGAAAGAAGCAAAUCUCAAGUUUCCCCACUUGUGACCGAAUCUGCAAAUACGACUACACCCAAGCUCGAAGCUCUUAUUGAUAACCCACAAGUUCCCUCAGAAAACUCUUACCCUCCACCCACGGUUUCGAAAGAUGUUGCUGCACUCAUUGCACAAAGGCAAACAGAGAUACGGCAAUUGCAACAAUACCUUACACCUGAACAAAGUACAACGGAGACAGGAUUACCCUCCGAAAGUCUACAUCAAAUCUUCUAUGAAAUGUCCGCGGACUGA